AUGGCUGAAUACGAGGCAUGCACCCUCGAGAUCCAAGCAACAAUUGACUUCAACAUCAAAUUGCUCAAAGCAUACAUCAAGAAACUGACUGAGUUCUUCGAUGAUAUCUCCUUCCACCACAUUCCUAGAGAGAAGAAUCAUAUGGACGAUGCACUUACCAUUCUGGCCUCCAUGUUUCAGUUGACUCCGCAUGGAGACUUGUCGUACAUCGAGUUUAGAUGUCGCGGCAAGCCCGGGCAUUGUUGCUUGAUAGAAGAGGAGCAGGAUGGUAGACCUUGGUACUUUGAUAUCAAGCGUUACAUCGAAGACAAGGAGUACCCAAAGGAGGCUUCCGACAAUGACAAGAGAACGUUGCGAAGAUUAGCAGUCAGUUUCUUCCUGAGUAGUGGUGUCCUAUACAAGUGA